ACACAUAAUUUGAAUUUAAAAAAAAUUAUUUAGGGAUUUGUCGGUAAAACUAGAAACAAUAUUAUAAAAUUUUAUACAGUCUGUUGUGAUUGUUAUUUAUACAGUCUGCUAAUCAAUAUAAAAUAACAGAACAGUAUGUGUAUACAGCGGUACUGCAAAUUAAAAUAUUUUCGUUAAAAAUUUCGCAUAGUAAAAACAUAUUACCUACAAGAGACAAACUUUUAAAGUUGACAAUAUUACAAAGAAAAAAAUUUAAAAGGCAACCAAAAAAUUAAAAAUAUGUCUGAUUCAAGGAAAAAGAAAUUUUGGACGCAGUCAUCGUUCAACCUCGAUUUGGAAAAAAACAAAAAUAAUAUUUCAACAAAAGAUAUACGAAAAAAUAACAUAAAAGUAAAGGAUCUAAAUAAAAAUGAAAAAAAUUGUAAAAAAAGUAACGAAGAUUGGAUGAAAAAAUUUGAACCCCAAAAAACUGAAGAUUUGGCAGUUCAUUGUAAAAAGAUAGAUGAAGUUAAAGAUUUUUUCAGACUUUGUGACAAUAUGAAAAAGAGGAAAUGCAACAGAAUUGCUUUUUUGACUGGUCCCCCAGGAGCAGGUAAAACUGCAACAUUGAAGGUUAUAGCCAAAAAUUUAAAUUACGAAAUUUCGGAAUGGGUAACACCAGUUGACAUUGAGAACGAAAUGUUUAAUGCCGAAAAAUUUAAUUCAUGUAGGGAAAAUCAGUUGAUGUUGUUUAAGCAUUUUAUCUUUCAAUCAUCUCGAUAUGGAGCUUUAUUUUCAGAUUUCCAUAAAAAGCUUCUAUUGAUUGAAGAUUUCCCAAACUGUAUUAUAAGACAUCCCGAAGAACUUGAUGAAAUUUUGGAGAGAUAUAAAGUAUAUGGAUGUUUUCCGAUAGUAUUUAUUGCUACAGAUUCAAAAAUUCGAGAUUUGAACAUCAGUUCGAAUGUCUUCGAUCCCAUCAAAGAUAAAUAUAAUAUAACCCACAUAAGUUUCAAUCCAGUCGCCCCAACGUUCAUUAAAAAGGCUUUAAAAAGAAUUCAUUCUAUGAUUUUGAAAGAACCAUAUAACGAAAUGUAUAAAGUUCCUACUCAGAAUAAUUUAAAUUCAAUAUGCCUAUCUGCAAACGGUGAUAUAAGAAAUGCCAUUGCUAAUUUACAUUUUGCAAUUUUAAGAGGUGUUGGAGACUUUCAGAAAAUGAAUAAAACUAUUGUAGAAAAGGACACGCAAAAAUUAAUAGGCCGUAAUGAAACAAUUACGUUAAUGCAUGCUUUAGGACGUGUUUUUCACCCGAAAUAUGAAGAUAGUAAAAAAGAUAAAUUUUUGCAUUCUCCAGAGGAAUUAACCACACAGUUUUUAACAGAGGAGAAAAACUUCGUGAAUUUUAUUUAUGCUAAUUAUCUCGCCUAUUUCACCAGUAUUGAAAACGUAUUAGAAGCUAUAAACAGUUUAAGUUUGAGUGAUAUUUUGUUAACUGAGUAUCAAACAAUUAAUUCAAGUAUAAUAGGCUUAAAUUUAGCUAUUAGAGGUGUUAUGGUAUCAAAUGCAAACACAAGAGUAGGGAAAAUUCUAAUAAAAGCUCCUUAUAAACAAGAAAACCGUUUUCAUCCCAAAUACAAUUUGCAAAAUCUAACACACUCUAAUAUAUCAAAGAAAAUUGUUGCUACUGAUAUGAAAACUUAUAUUAAUAUUAUUAAACGCUCAUAGUUGUUAGAUGCAGAUGUAAAAACACAAAAAAAAACAAAAAAAUUCUUUUGAAAUUUUUAUUUGUUUUUGCCUUUUUUUUUCUAUUGCAGGUCCUUUUGAUUUUUCUUUUAACCAUCAA